AUGGACAGUAAAGACUCACAGCCUCCCCCAAAGCAAAUCAUCCAAAUAAAAAUGAAUCACCUAUUCCCCAAUGAAAAUAAAAAAUUUUCCGGGUACGCUCAAAACUGUAAAAAUGGCGGUUGUGUUCUUGACCUCGCCAAGUGUCUUUUCAUUCAGGGAAAACUGUUGUUUGCCGAGAUCAAGGAGGAGGCGUUUCCCUUUAGCCAGAAUAUCAACAGCCAUUUGGCCAGCCUCUCAAUGGUCAGACACACGAUCCCCACUCCAGACCCCGCGGUUAGAGAGGCUUUGUGUGCCCCAGAUAACUUAAAUGCCAGUAUUGAAAGUCAGGGCCAGAUUAAGAUGUACAUCGAUGAAGUGUGUCGGGAGACUGUGUCACGUUGCUGCAACUCAUUUCUGCAGCAGGCCGCAUUAAAUUUGUUAAUAAGCAUGACAGUUAUUAAUAACAUGCUUGCCAAGUCCGUUUCAGACUUGAAGUUUCCUUUGAUAUCAGAGGAAAGUGGAUGUGCUAAGGUUCAGGUUUUGAGACCGCUGAUGGGUUUGUCUGAAAAGCCAGUCUUGGCGGGGGAGUUAGUCGGUGCCCAGAUGCUCUUCUCAUUCAUGUCCCUCUUUAUCAGAAAUGGAAACAGAGAGAUUCUCCUGGAAACCCCUGCCCUAUAAAGGGCCCUCUCGAACACAAUGGGACCGAUUCCACUCAAAACGCGCUUGGUUUGCAGAUGUCAAAGAAUCUGCAGAGGGUGUCACUGAAGAUCCAGCCUUAGCCAAUCACCGCCUCAUUGGGUGAAAGUUCCAGCGCUCAAUCCAGGACCACGCUCUUAUUGGCCAGGCAGGGGCUCCCACAGAGCUUUGAGUAACUUCUUGGUUGUGCAGGCUGCAGGCAAUGUUGGCAUUGUAAAUUCCUCCCGGCAGCCUCCUUCACGAGGUGAGGGGAUCACUUCGGCUGCCUGCUGUGGACAAAGAACAUCAAAUUACAGCAUCACGAGUGCUAUUGUUGCCUGUGGUGGUCUCCCUGCCCAAGCGGGACCGCUUUGCAGAGACCAGACGCGUACCGCAGCUUGAGCUAACAAUGCAUUUGUUGCAGCUUAGGUUGAAUUAUUUUUCGUUUACCCUUUCUUCUACACGCGCCUGAUGAAUGGUGAACCUAAUCAUCAAAAAAGUGUACUGCUCUUCUGUCUAUUGUACCGACUUAACCUCUUCCACCCAAGCCCGCAUCUGUGUGUAUCAUCAAUAAAGUUGUGUGCUUUGAUUGGCAGAAAA